GUUGGACUCGAUCUUCGACGAGUAUGUGUAUGAUAUCGAUAGGUAGAGGACGAGUCUCCCUGCAGAGUCUCUCGAAGAUCUCGGUGUCGCAAGAAAGGCUCAUGACUCGCUGUUGGGGCUAUAUCUCGGCGAUGACCGCCGAUGAGGUAAGAGAAGACUUGACGAAAUCAUUCAUUGAUUCACCUUAUUCUCGCCCAUGGAGCUUGGAAUGCCUUGAACAUCGUCUAAUCUUUGCCGUUAUCUACACCUUACUGUUGUUCUCAUUAUGGCAGCCCCCACAGAAGUCGUCAAAUGGCAAACGUCCCAGGAUGAACUUGACCAUCUGUGGAAGACCACAGGUCCCAUACAAGAACCAGGACGAUGCGAAGUACUUGUGGAGAUACAUGCAGUAUCGCUGAACUACCGGGAUACGGAGGUUGCUAUGGGACUCUAUAAUCAUCACAAGUCUGUGAACUCUUCUUCGGCCAUCGUCCCUUGCUCAGACAUGUGUGGCGUUAUCGUCAGUAUUGGUGAAGGCUCCAAGUCGUGGAAAGUUGGCGAUCGCGUCCUUUCCAUAUUCAACCAGACUCACCUCGACGGCCAAAUCACAGCAAAAGAUAUGGUCUCGGGGUUGGGUUUGCCGCUUGACGGGGUGUUGCAGACUUAUCGUGUCUUCCCCGAGAUGGGCCUAGUCAAGGCCCCAGACUAUCUCACCGAUGAAGAAGCUUGCACUUUACCCAUCGCUGCGGUCACGGCUUGGAUGUCAAUCAAUGGAAUGAGACCGAUGAACUUCCCAGGCGGAGAGGGAGAGGUCGUCUUGCUACAAGGCACUGGAGGAGUAGCCAUCAGUGGACUGCAGAUUGCAGUAGCCGCAGGAGCAGAGACGAUCAUCACAUCCUCCUCAGAUGCUAAACUUGAGCGGGCAAUGGAGCUGGGGGCGACAUAUACCAUCAAUUAUCGUACAGACACAGAAUGGCAAGACACUGUCAUGAAGCUCACCAAUGACAACGGUGUGAAUAUCAUCCUCGAAGCUGGCGGUGCAAAGACGUUGCGGAAAUCUUUUGAUUGUAUCGCAUUUGGUGGUUUGAUCAACUGUAUAGGCUAUCUUUCGGGCAAGGAAGAUGACCCAGGCGACCGCGUCAAUGCAAACGUGUUGGCAUUGAGGAGAAAUGUGACACUGAAGGGGAUACUCAACGGUCCGAGGGACAGGUUUGAGGAAAUGCUACAGUUUUAUGAGCAUCAUAAGAUCAAACCCGUUGUUGAUCGAGUCUUUUCGUUCGAUGAAGCGGAGGAGGCUUUUCAGUAUUUAUACAGCGGCGGGCAUUUUGGCAAGGUUGUGAUUAGGGUCAAGUUGUAGUUAAUCAUUUGGGUCGCUCAUCACGUCGACCAGAACUGCUUGAUAUUGAGACAGGCAUUAUCAAUGCAG